UGCACAGAGUGAAACAGCUCUUAAGCUCGGGGACAAACGGGAGUUAUUAUUUCGAGCCGCCCUUCACUCCGGGGCUAUCAGGACUGAGAAAUAACAGCGCUACCAGCUCCCGUGCCUGACCUCCAGCGUUUUGGCAGAGCUCGUGGGGCGGAGCGCAGCUCUUUGCUCAUGUAGAAGUCGCCAUGGCCGCGCUGGAGGGCUGCCGCUGUCGGGGCACCACUAUCCGAAACAACAACAGUAUUCUAUACAACAUUUUGAAGAGUGACAGCCUCGCCAUUCCACAAGAAGAGCAACCUCAACUCCAGCAGCAAGCCACGCAGCACAUGUUCCACAGGAGCUCCUCGUCCAGCAGCUCUGUCUCUCUGCAGGACCCGCGGCAGCAGCCGUGCUCGUGCGGCUCCACGCGCCGCCGCGGGGUGCUCCGGUCCCCGCAGGUCACCUGCAAAGCCGCGUCCGCGGUCCUCGUCAAGACGCUGCGCUUUGUGAAGAACGUGCCGUGUUUUCGCGAGCUGCCAGAGGAUGACCAGCUGGCCCUCAUCCGCAGCGGGUGGGCUCCUCUGCUCGUGCUGGGGCUGGCACAGGACCGCGUGGACUUUGACACUUCAGAGACCGUGGAGCCCAGCAUGUUGCAGCGGAUCCUCACUGGAGUGCCAGACCGACACAGUGAGCUUCUGACGGGGCAGAACAGAGCUGCAGCAGGGGUCUCUGUGGUGGACAUCGAAUCCAUUAAAGCCUUUCUAAAGACGUGUUGGAGUGUGGAUAUCAGCACCAAAGAAUACGCUUAUUUGAAGGGGGCUGUGCUGUUUAACCCAGAUGUGGAAGGUCUGCGGUGCCUUCACUACAUCCAGUCCCUGCGGCGUGAAGCUCACCAGGCUCUGAAUGAACACGUGAGGCUCGUGCACCGAGAGGACACCACACGCUUUGCCAAACUCCUCAUCGCCCUGUCCAUGCUCCGAGCCAUCAGCCCCCCUGUGGUCGCACAGCUCUUCUUCAGACCGGUCAUUGGGGCCGUGAACAUUGAGGAGGUGCUCAUGGAGAUGUUCUACGGGAAGUAAAGGUUGGAAAAGUGGACUCUUGUUUAGGAGGCGUAGGGCUGAAUUUACAAGUGAUGGACUAUAGUGAGUGUAAGUGCGCUCUACAAAAGAGGAAAGCUUUAGGAGGAAAACAAUGCAGC